CAGCAGCAGCGCAGGGCCCCUCCCUCCCGCUCUCGCUCUUUCACUUCCUUCCCUCCCUCUCUCUCUCGCUGCCUGGCCAUUCUUCCUCUCGCUCUCUCCCUUCCCUUGCUUGCCUUGGCUUUGCCUUCCUUCGCUCUCUACAGCCUUUGCCUUGCCUGGCCAUCUUCUUUGCUGUGCUGGGUUUGCCUCUUGGUCUUUCUCUUCCCUCCCCCCCCUGCUGCACCCAGUUGCGUUCUCAUCGGAUGUAGCGCAAUUCCCCCCAUUUCUGCCCCUGUCAUGAUCAUCAUCAUCUCACCUGCCAUCUCCAAUUGGAUGUGCCACCAACCCGUCUCUCGCUGUUGCUGAGCGAUAAUCUGACAAGCGCGGCGGCCUUCACGUGGGUUCCGCUUCUGAGGCAUUUCUGUUGCAUUGUUGAAGUCGGCAGUUGGGAGGCGGGAUUGAAGGUGGUGCUCCGAAGGUGGUUGAGGUGGUUGGGUUCCGAGGAGGAGUUGGAGAAGAAGAAGAAGAAGAAGAAGAAGGGAAUUCUGCAGCAAGCAGGAAAGGAAGCAAGGGCUUUGCAGGCAAAUUGGCUUGGGUUAUUAAUGCAUCAUGGGUGCAUCGCAAUGAUGUGUAAAGGGGAGCUAAGCAUGCUAUGAGGUCGUGGGGUCGGCUCGAACGUGUCUCCAAGCGAGGUUCAUGCUUGAAUGUUGUUUAUGGACGACAUUUCAUAGCCAUGGAUUAACUGACUACCCUUUGAGAGGUACUUGGAGGAGACUCUCUUCCUGGAAAGGAGGGGCAGAAAGCAACCCUCUCUCUCUAGAGAGAGGGUUGUUCGUCCACUGCCGACGAGGGUAGUAAAUUAGAUGUAUGGUGGGCGUGAGGAAUCUGGUGGGCAUUAUGCAUAUCGAUUGCCUAAGCAUCCUCGUCUCACUAGGAUUGAUCGCAUCACCAUGUAGAUGUAAAUGGUUCCUAUCGGCGUAAUCGUACACGUUUAAUUCAUGUUGUGUUCAAUUAGACAUUGUGAUUGGCGUUGUGAACAGAAUGCAAGGAUUUGCUGAGCACAUGAAUGGGGAAGCUGGUCCGAUGCAACGAGGUAAGCAACCGCGGCCUCUGGAGGAUGGUAACUGGGUUUGCGAUGAACCUUCUUGCGGGAACGUCAAUUACCCACGGAGGACGGAGUGCAACAAGUGUGGGAAGCGGAGAGGACUUCUUGGAGAUGCAGUAGUGAAGGCCUACAUAGACACUAUUAAAAUCGCCCGUGAUAUGGCUCCUGGAUCAGGGAUAGCUCCACAUCUACAGAUGUCUGGAGGAGAUCAAGGAGGAAUGCUGCCCCGAAAUCUGAUGUCACAUAUGGGAGCCGCCGAAACACAGCAAUCUGGGAUGUCAAUCUCACCUGGUUCUAGCCAUGCAACUGUUGGAGACAUGGAGCAUUGGAUGGGUGGAGGCUUUGAUACGCCAUUACUGCCGUCUUUCGCAUCACAUUAUGUAACUGGAGACAGUGGCGCGUCUGGCCGAAGAUUCAAUCUGAGUGCUGCAACUGAAGGCAAACGAUUAGCGGAGCAACUUGUUGCCUCGUUUGCUGCAUCCAUAGACCCGGUUGGAGACGCCGGCGAAUGUUUGGCUUCCGCUGCUCUUUGGUUACAAACGAUGAAGUCCAGAAUGCAAACUGGAGAAUCAGGUGGCUUUGGCAACCUCGCAAUAAAUUCAGGACCGGGCCUACCCCAUGGCAACACUUUGGGAAAUUAUUUAGCAAGGGCUAAUUUAGGUGAAGCAGUUGGAAGCCCAUCAGGGGUUCGUGGAAUCAUGGGUCGUCCUGGUUUGCGUUUUGAGGAUUACAAAGAUCGACCAAGUGACUUCUUGCGAGAAUUUGGCGAUCCGGCAGCAGUAAAUGCCACAGCAAUGGGAGGUGGACACAAACCUGAGCCUGGCAUAAACGGCAACUGGGAAUGUGAAGAUUGUAAAAACGUGAACUUCCCUAGGCGGACCAACUGCUUUCAAUGCCACAAGCGGCGGGGGCUCAAAGGAGAUGAGGUCGUUCGCAAGUACGUUCGAACUCUAAUCGAAGACCCAGGAAGCCUGCGCACGUGAUAACUAGUACUCUGCUACUGCUGCUGCUGCUCCAUGCUUAUUUCUCAAAAUUGUAUCAAUGGCCUACUGUAUACUCAUUAUUCUUCCAUUGUCAGGACGAUCUCUUUGUGUGUGGAAGUGAUUUUGAUCAGGUAGAGUUGCUCAUCAAUGAAUUCUAGCCUGCAACAUGACCCGCAAAGGGUGUCUGGAUUGCAUUCCGAAAUUCACUUGACCAAAGAUUUCAUUGGUCCACUAUUGUGAGGUUUAUACUAACUAAUCGGCUAUCCCCUUAUUGUAAUCA